AUGAGUGAAGAUUAGCCUGAAGCAAACAGGCUAUCAGUUAAAUAAUUGGCUGGAAGAUUUCAGUCAAUGAUGAAAGCUACACCUAUCUAAUAACAAUAAUAGCCUCCUCCUAGAAAAUCAGAAGUUAUUGUUAGAAACCCUUAACAAUUAUAAUAAUAAUUUAAGGAGGAUACUAACAAAGUUCAUAAUAAACUUGAUAUUACUGAAAAUGAAGCAGAUUCUAAUCUUAAACCCACUGAUAAUAUUGAUCAAUUAUAUAAAACUAUUGAAAAUCUAUAAAAAGAUUGUAACAAAAAAGAUCAAAAAAUUUCAGAUUUAUAAGAAAAUUUAGUUAUCAUCUCUGAAUAAAUGAAAUCUAGAGAAUCUAAAAUUAGAGAAGAAGUAUAAUAAGAAACUAAAGAAACUAGUGAAUUUGGAAAAGAAAGGGUUAAACUUAUUGCUGAAUUACAUAAAUGCUAAGUUGAUCUCUAAGAAUCUUAAAAAUAAAAUGCAAAUAAAUUCUCAUAAAUUUAAUAGUUAACUAAUAAAGCUACUUAAAUAUAAAAUUUAUCUAAAUUAGAAAUUGAUAAAUUAAAAUUGUAAAAUUAAGAAUUAGAAGAAAAAAUACUUUCAAGCUAAUCCAAAAUUGAUUAAUUAACUCAGAAAAUAGAAGAACUUAAAGAACUUAAUAGUUAAUUAAAUCUUCAUAAUUAAGAAGUUGAAGAUGUUAAACUAAAAUUAGAAAAAGAAUUCUAAUAAAGAUAUGAUGAAGUAGAAUAUGAAAUCAUUAAUAAUAGAUAAAUUAUUGAAGAUCUAUAAAAUUAAGUUAAAGAACUUAAAGCUUUUUAAUUGUAAUUAGAAUCUGCUUCUAUUAAUGAAACAUUUGAUAUGAAAUAAUAAAUUAGUUAAUUAUAAGAUUAAACUAAUGAAUUAUAAAAUUAAAAUUAAGAAUUAUAAUAAAAGCUUCAUGCUAAACAAAUUGAAUUUGAUCAAAUGAAUAAAGCUAAAUCUAGAGAAAUUGAAAAGCUUAAAUAAGAUAAAAUUGAAUUAUAAGAAGAAUUGGAAUAAACUAAAUAAAUUGCAGAAUAAACAUAAGUUGAAACUGAAUCUAAUUUUAAAAAUUAAAUCUUAAUAUUAUAAGAUAAAUUUUCAAAAAGUGAAGAAUCAAUUUCGAAAUUAAACUUAAAGAUUUAAGAAUUAUCUACAGAUCUUAUAUAAGAAAGAAUGAGUUAUAAAAAUAAUGAAGCUUAAUUGAAUGGAGUAAUAACUUAAUAAAAAGAUGAGCUAUCAUAAAAGUCAAGUCUUGUUUUAUAAUUGACUGAAAAAAUAAAGAUAUUAUAAGAUCAUUCUAUGUAAUAGGAAAAUAAUAUUUCAAAAAAUAUAGACGACUAUAAAGUUUUACUUGAUUAAAAUAAUUAGUAAAUAACUUAAUUGUCAGAAUAAAUUAAAUCUUUAAAAAAAUAAUAAAGAUAAUAAGAGUAAGAAAACAAAUAAGUUAUCUCAUAAUAUGAAUAGUAAAUUAAAUAAUAUUUGGCUGAAAUUACUUAAACUAAAAUUAAGAAAAAUGAAGCUGAAAAUUAAAGAUAAAAUUGUGAAAGUUCUCUAAAUUAGAUAAUUGAGAAAUAAAAAGUUUAACUUUAAUAAGCUAAUGCAAUUAUUUAAGAUUUGAAUAAUCAAAUCGAAUAAUUUUAGUAAAAUAUUUAAGAUUAAGAAGAAUAGAGAUUGAGUGUUAUAUCAGUUAAGCAAUCUUUAUUGAUUGAGAAAGAGAGUCAUAUUAAUACACUUGAAUAAUAGGUUAUUAAAUAUUAAAAUGAAUUAAAUUUAAAAUAAGAUUAAAUCUAAGGUUUACAACAUUAAUUUGAAAAAUAAAAAUCGGAAUUUAAUUAAACAAUUGCUGAAAAAGAAAAAAAUAAUAAAUUGACAAAUUAAUAAAGCUAAGAAUUAUAAAAUAAAAUAUCUGAUUUAACUAAUGAAAUUAAUUUAUUAAAAUCGUUAGUUGAUAAGGCUGAAGUGGAGAAAGAAUCAAAUAUUCAAUCAUAUAAUGAAGCAAAUUAAUAAUUAAAAGAUUAAUUAAAUUAAUAAAAUAGUUUGAUUUAAGAAUUAUAAGAGUAUCUAAAAGAAAGCAAUUCAAAGGAAUAAUUAGCAAUAUAGAAAUCAACUCAAUAAAGUUUGGAAAUAAAUUAAUUAUAAUUAGAAAUUGGAAAACUAAAAAAUGAUUUAUCUUAGUAAGAAUAAAGGUAAUCUCAAACUAAUUUAGAAAAUUCAUACAAAUUGAAAGAGUAAUAAACACAAAAUGAAAAUCUCAAGAAUGAAUUCAAGUAGUUAUUAUAAUUACAAGAUAAAACUAAAUAAGAAAAUUAUUAUUUAAAUGAGUAAUUAAAUGAAUGUAAAGUUAAAUUAAAUGAGAGUCAAGAAAAUCUAAAAUAAAUAAUAUAAGUAUCUGAAAGUUAAAAAGAAUAGUUUCAAAAGUUACAUGAUUAAUUUUAUUAAGAAUAAUAGAAGGAUUCUGUAAAUUAAACAGAAAAAUUUUAUUUAUAAUAAUUAAUCUAAUAACACAAAGAUUAAGUAAAUGAAGUUCAUGAGAAGAAUAAAUUAAUAACUAGUAUAAGUGAAUCAAAAGAUAAAUAGAUUGAAGCAUUAAAGAAAUAAGGAGAAGAUGCUUAAAAACAUUAUGAAUAAUAAAAAUAAACUUAAUUUGAAGAGAUAACAUAAUUAAAAUAAAAAUAUGAUUAAUAAAUACGUAUACUUGAAGAUGAAAAGAAAGGUUUGAUUGCUGAAUAUAAAAAUAGGAUUGCAAAUUUAGAAGAAAUAAAUAAUGAUUAUUAAAAAAACUCAUCUAUUGAAUAGAAUUAAUUUAAUUAAGAGAAAUUAAACUUAAAAUAAUAAUUAUUAGAUUAGUAAGUUAAGAUAGAAAAAUUAUUAAAAGAAGUUGAAUAAUAACAAAUUUAAUUGGAACAAAAAUCUUAAGAGAUUAUUUAACUUAAUUUAAAGAAUGAAUAUGAAGUAUUAUAAUUAUCAGAAGAAUUAGUAUAACUUAAAUAAUUGAAUACAUAAUAAGUUGAAGAAAUUAAUGAAAGAGAUUUAAUGAUUACUCUUCAUUAAACUUAAAUUAAUUUAUAAGAUGAUUAAUAUAGAUUAGAAAUUUCUAAUUUGAAUGUUAAAAUAGAAAAUACGAUAAGAGAUAAUUAAAUAUAAAUAGAAGAAAUUCAUAAUAAUCAUUAAAAGUAAUAAUAGUAAAAACAAAAUGAAAUUUAAGAUAGAGAACAUUAAAUAAAAAAGCUUGAUUAAUAGCUUUUUGAUUAUUAGGCUUAAAUGGAAUAAAGAUUAGAAUAUAUUUAAGAAAAAGAGAGAGAAAUAGAAAAAUUAAAUUCGUCAAAUUAAAUUUUCUCGAAUGACAUUAACUAAAAAGAAUAAGAAAUUAUUUAAUUAAAAAAUCAUAUAGAAAAUUUGGGUAUUGAACUAGAAAAAUUCAAAUAAUAUUCCUAAUUAGAAUAAGAAAAACAAUAAUAGAUAAUAUUAGAAUUAACAGAAAACUUAAAAUAGUCAGAAUAGCUAUUCAAAUAGUAGAAUAAAUCUUUAGAAGAUUAAAUAAAAAGUUUAGAGUAAUAAAUAGUAAAUUCAAAUUAAAAGAUUCUUUAAUUAUAAGAGAAUUUGAAUUAAUUGAAUUAAAAGUAUUAGGAUUUGAGGAAUGAAAAAUAAUUGAAAGAAAGUGAAUAUGAAAAAUAGAUAUAAGAGUUAUAAAAUUUAAAUUAAAUUUAAAAUGAAGGGAUUGAUUCUUAAAUUUAAAAAAAUGUUGAAUAAUCUGAACUAAUAUAAAAAUUGCAAUAGAAAGAUUAAUAGAUAUUUGAAGAAUUAUAAAAUUUAAUUGAAGAGAAAAAAUAAAUUGAAUUAACAUAUAAAUAAGCAAUAGAAGAUUUAAAGAUAAUUUAAGAAUAAAGAAUAACAGAAAUUAAUAAAAAAAAUUAAGAUUUGAUUUAACUAAAGAAUCUAAUGUUAAUAUAAAAAGAUGAAUAAAUGGAUGAAUUAAAUUUAUAGAUAUAAUAAUAAUAGGAAGAAAAUAUUAAAUAAAAAAAUUUAAAUGAUACUUUAUAAAUACAUUUGAGAGAAAUAAAGAAUACAUAUGAGGAAUAUCGAGAAACAAAAUUUUAAGAGGCUAAAAAAUUAUAAAAUGAUUUAGAUUUGUCAGAAUAAAAAAUAAAUGAAUUAUAAGAAUAAGUUGAUUAAAAUGCAUAAGCUAUAUAAAAUUUAUAGAGUGAAAUUUAAAGAAAAGAUUUAGAAUAUUUAUAAUUACAAUCUUAAUUAUAAACUAAAUUACAAUAACAUACUCUUGAAAUAUCUGAUCUUGGAGGAAAGAUGACAGAAGAACAAUUAAAACAUUAAAUAGAAGUAAAUUAAAAAUAGUAGGAAAUUAAUGAACUUAAUUCAUAAAAUAAAGAACAUAAGGAUAAAAUAGAAGAAUUAUCGAACAAUGUUAUAAAUAAGGAAACUCAAAUUAAAUCUUUAGAAGAAAAUUUAGAAAUUAAUGCUAAUUAGAUAUAGUAAUAUAGUAUAAAGAUUUAAGAAUAAUAAAAAUAAAUUGAAGGAUUAAGUUUAGACAAUUAAAAUAAGCAAAAGUAAUUGGAAUAAUCAGCAAAAAGUAUUAAAGAUACUUAAUUAGAAUUAGAAGAGUUGACAAUUUAAUUAACAGAAUAAAUUGAGAAAUUUAAUUAAAAUGAAGGAUCAUUUUUAAAAUUGUAAUAAUAAAAUAAAUCUUUAGAAGAACUUUACAGUAAUACUUUAAAGUUAUUAGAAACAAAAGAAGAAGAUUUAACAACGACAGUGAUAUAAAAAAAUGAAGAAAUUGCUAGUAUAUAAUUAUAAAUGGAAAAAUAGAAAUAGGAAUCUGAAAAAGAGUAUAAGUAAUUAGAGGAUUAUUCUUAUGAAUAAUUAUUAAAGAAAAUGGAUGAUAUUGCUUAAAAAGAUUGGGAGAUUGAUAAUUUGAAUUAAGAAGUUUAAGAUUUAAAAAUGAAAUUGUAAGUAGGUAUGGAAUGUAUUGAAUAGUAUGAUAAAGAAUUAGAUUAAUAAACAAUUGAAAUUGGUGAAUUAAAAUUAAAGGUUAAAUAAAAAGAAAAGUAAAUUUCAGAAUGCAAUGAGGUUAUUGAAAAAUAAUAAUUAGAAAUUGAAGCAGUUAAUAAAUAAAUGAAUGAAGAGCUUGAAUUAGUAUCUUAAACACUUUAAGAAAAUUAAUAAAAUUAUGAAACAGAACUUUAAGUUAAAUUAGCAAUUUUAAAUAAGAAAGAAGCUUAGAUUUUAAAUUUAGAUUUUUAAAUUGCCGAACUAUAAUAAAAUCUAAAUUAAUAAAAAGAUUAAAUUGAUUAAUUAACUUCAGAAAGAAUUAUAUUAAUUGAAAGGUAAUAAAAAAUGGAAGAUGAGAGAAAUGAAAGUGAUUAAGAAUUUAAACAGCAAAUUUAAACAUUGAAAGAAAGCUUAUUAUAAAUAGAAGAUAAUUAUGAUUAAUAGAAAUAAUAAAAUGAUGAAUUAUAAAGUUAAUUUGUUACUCAAAAAGAAUUAUAUAAUAGUUUAUAAUCAAAGUAUGAAGAGGAUUAAGAAUCUUUAUAAUAAUAUAUUUAAGAAUUACAAAAUGCAAAAGAUAAAUUAAAUAUUGAAUUUUAGAAGUAUAUAAAAGAAACAGAAUUCAAUAAUCAAAAAUUAAAUACGAAGAUAAAUUAAUUAGAAGAGAAAUUAAUUUAAUUAUAAAAUUAGAUUGAAUCUCUUUAAAGUAAUCUUGAAGAUAAAAAUAAUUAAUAUGAUGAAAUAACAUAAAAAUUAUUUGAAAAAUAGAAUGAAUUAAGUCAGGUUAUUUUGGAAAAGUAAACUCAUGAUAAGAAAUUAAGUUUAUAAAUUUAAGAAUGUAACAAUAAAAUUUCAUCUUACAAUUUAGAAGUUGCUCAAUUAUCUUAAGUAAUUUCUUUAAAAGAAUCUGAAAAAUCAUAAUUAUCAAAAUAAUUUGAAUAAACUUCUGAUCAAUUAAAAUUAUAACUUUUUAAAUAAACAUAAAUUAUUUAAGAACUUCAAGAUUAUAUAAACGAAAGUUAAGAAAAUGAAUAAAUAGCAGGAUAAAAAAUAAAUAGUCUCAAUUUAUAAAUUAGUACUUUUGAAUUUGAAAUAUCUAAUCAAAAUUGUGAAAUACUUAAGCUAUAGAAUACAAUAAAAUAAUAAAAGGAAGAAAAACUAAGAUUGGAAGAAGAUCAUUAAUAAGAUAUUAUUUAAAUUUAAUAAUAAUUAUAAGCAGCCAUUAGUGCUAAUUAACUUUUGAAAAAUGAGACAUAAAAAAAAUAAAUUAAUCUUUAUGAAAAUGAAUAAAAUUUAACAAAUAAAAUAGAAUAAUAAAUUUAUGAGAUAAAAAUAUUAAAAGAAGAAAUAUAAAGGUUACAAUAAGAAAUGCAAAGAUAAGCAAAAGAAAGUGAUUCUAAUAUUUAUAAUAAAAAUGAAAUGAUUGAUUUAUUAAAAAAACAAUUGAUUGAUAUAUAAAAUAGUGCAGCUAAUGCAGAAGAAAUGAAAGAAUUAAUAUAAAGACAAUUAUAAGAUUAAAGUUAAUCUCAAGCAUAAUAAUUAAAUUAACAAAUAAAAACAAGAGAUGAUUAGAUUGCAAAUCUCAGAUAAUAAAUUUAGUCAUUAUCUUAAAGUAAAUAAUAAUAGGAAUAGUUAUUAACUGAAUAAAUUAGUGUAAUGAAUUAAUAGGUUAAAUCAAAAAAUGAAUCAAUGAAUCAAUUAGAUGAAUCAAUAAAAUAUUUUUAAAGUUAAAUUGAUUAAUCAAAUCUAAAGAUUACUUAAUUAUAAUAAGAUUUAUAAAGUUUAAAUAGCAAACUUUAAAUUUCAAAAAGUGAAAAUAAUUAACUAAAUUCUGAAAACAAAGAAUUAUAAGAAAAAGUAGAAAAUCUAAUAUAAACAUAAAAUAUAAUGAAAUUAGAAUUAGAGAAGCUUAAACAAUAAAUUCUUAAAUUGGAGGAUGAAAAAUAAAGACAAAAUGAAUAAAUCAAACAAUUGACUUCAUAAAUGAAUGAUUAAAAUUCUUAAAAUUAAUAAAUGACCUAAAAAUUGUUGACUGAAAAAGAAGAGAAAGAAUUAAUUGAUCUUUAAUAGAAAAAUAUUUAAGAAUAAUUUUAGUAAUAUAAAGAAUAGUCAGAAAAAUAAAUUAAUUAAUUAACUAAUAAUUCAACUUAAUUAGAAUAAACUUUAUUAUAAAGCUAAAAUAAUUUCUUAUUGAUAUCUAAGCAAAAAUAAGAGUUAGAUGAAAAAUUAAGUAAAGUAAAUCAACAAUUAUAAAAUGUGAAUUCAUAAUUAUCAAUUUAAAGAGAAUAAAAUGAAAGUGAAAUUAAGCAAUAAUUUUAAUAAAUAACAAAUUUAAAUUAAGAAAACUCUUAAUUAUAAGAAACUUUGAAUGAAAAGUUAGAAGAGUUAAGUAAGAUUUAAAUUGAGAACACUAAAUUAUAAUAAAAUUAGAAGAAAGUUGAUAAGUUGGAAAUAUCAGUAUAAGAGUUAAGUACUCUAAAAGAAUAAAAUGGAAAGUAAUUAGAAUAAUAGGAAACAAAAUUGAAAUCCUAAUAGUAGGAGUUAGAUUAAUUAAGAGAAAACUAUAAUUUAUAAAAGAAUUAAAUAAAUUCAUUGAAUCAAUCAAUUGCUUAGUGUGAAUUAGAUAAGGAAAAGCUAAAUAAAGAGAUUAAAUAAUUAUCAAAUUAGAAUUAAAAUUAUCUAAAUUAAGUUCAAAAAUAUUAGGAUUAUAUUAAUUAAUAAUAAUAAGAGUUAGAAAAAAAUACAAUAUAAAAUAGAAGUAUUGUAAUCAAUGAUACUUAAGGUUAAUAAUUAGAAGCGGAAUUGAAAAUUUUAUAAGUUAAAGUAUGUAUUUAUAAGUAUAUAAUUAAUUAGUUAGUGUAAUAAUUGAAUUAUUAUAAAUAAUUGAUAUAGGAUAAAAAGAAUCAAGAAAUAAGAGCAAAAAUUAAUGAAGAUUUAGAUUAGAUAAAAAGAGAUUAUGUAAUGGUUUUUGAGAAAAUAGGAAUAUUGAUAAGAGGAAUAGACGAUUUAGAGAAAGUUAAUGGACCAAAAAAUUAGUAAAUUCAUUUUAUUAUAACUUAGAAACGAGUUAAAUAAAUCGAUAGCAGGACUUAAAGAUUUUAUAUCAAAGUUUGCUAGCACAAUUUUGAGGGAUAUUAAAUGA